AUGAAUAAUAUGGAAAUAAAGCAAGAAGCUAGUGAGAAAACUUGUAAAGUAGAAACAUAUGAUAGUCCAUUGAAUGCUCUCAAAAUUGAAAUUAAGGAAGAACCCAAGACAGAAACAGCAUCCGAUGCAUUUGAUUAUUUAAAAGAAUUCCCCGUAAAUAACGAAGUAAAACAAGAUGAAUAUAAAUUUACACUAUUUGAAGAAAAGCAAGCAACAACUAAAGAAAGUUGUUCCCAGGAAGAGAAUACAAUGAAAAUCAUGGAAAUGUUACAUUCAUCUCAUAAAGAACAAUAUACAGGUCAGCAUUCUAAAGAAAAAAUAUUAAAUACAAAUAUGAAAAUUAUGAGCGGCCAAAGAUCUUACGAGUGUGAAAUUUGUUUAAAGCAGUUUACUGAGAAAAGUAAUUUAAAAACACAUUUGAGAAUGCAUACUGGAGAAAAACCUUACAAGUGUGAAAUUUGUUUUAAGCAGUUUGGUGCAGCAUUUAAUUUAAAAACACAUUUGAGAACUCACACUGGAGAAAAACCUCACACAUGUGAAAUUUGUUUAAAGCAGUUUACAGAUAAAAGUAAUUUAAAGACACAUUUGAGAAUGCACAGUGGAGAAAAACCUCACAAGUGUAAAAUUUGCUUUAAACAGUUUAUUACAACAAGUCAAUUAAAAGCUCAUUCAGCAAUGAAACACAGUUUAGAAAAACCUUACAAGUGUGAAAUUUGUUUAAAGCAAUUUACUACAGCCCAUCAGUUAAAAACUCAUUCAGUAAUACACAGUUUAGAAAAACUUCUUAAAUGUGAAAUUUGUUUAAAACAAUUUACUGAUAAAAGUAAUUUAAAGACACAUUUGAGAACUCACACUGGAGAAAAGCCUCACAAGUGUGAAAUUUGCUUUAAGCAGUUUCGUGCAGCAUUUAAUUUAAAAACACAUUUGAGAACUCACACUGGAGAAAAACCUCACACAUGUGAAAUUUGUUUAAAGCAGUUUACGGAUAAAAGUAAUUUAAAGACACAUUUGAGAAUGCACAGUGGAGAGAAACCUUACAAGUGUGAAAUUUGCUUAAAGCAGUUUACUACAACAAGUCAGUUAAAAGCUCAUUCAGCAAUGAAACACAGUUCAGAAAAACCUUACAAGUGUGAAAUUUGUUUAAAAAGGUUUACUACAAAAAGUCUUUUAAAAACCCAUUUAGUAAUACAUAGUUCAGAAAAACCUCAUAAGUGUGAAAUUUGUUUAAAGCAGUUCACUAAAAUAAGUUAUUUAAAAUCACAUUUGAGAACGCAUUCUGGAGAAAAAUUUCACAAAUGUGAAAUUUGUUUUAAACAGUUUGGUGCAGCAUUUACUUUAAAAAUUCAUUUGAGAACACACACUGGAGAAAAACCUCAUAAGUGUGAAAUUUGUUUAAAGCAGUUUACUGAUAAAAGUAAUUUAAAAACACAUUUGCGUAGGCACAGUGGAGAAAAACCUCACAAGUGUGAAAUUUGUUUAAAGCAGUUUUCUACAAAAAGUCAGUUAAAAAUUCAUUCAGCAAUACACAUUUUAGGAAAAACUUACAUAUGUGAAAUUUGUUUAAAGCAGUUUUCUACAGACAGUCUAUUAAAAACUCAUUCAGUAAUACACAGUUUAGAAACACCGUACAAGUGUGAAAUGUGUUUUAAGCAGUUUGGUACAGCAUUUGGCUUAAAAAUACAUUUUAGAACCCACACUGGAGAAAAACCUCACAAGUGUGAUAUUUGUUUCAAACAGUUUAUUGAAACUAGUAAUUUGAAAAAACAUUUGAGAUUGCACACUGGGGAAAAACCUUACAAGUGUGAAAUUUGUUUUAAGCAGUUCGGUACAGCAUUUAAUUUAAAAAUACAUUUCAGAACUCACACUGGAGAAAAACCUCAUAAGUGUGAAAUUUGUUUAAAGCAGUUUACUGAUACAAGUAAUUUAAAAACACAUCUAAGAACGCACACUGGAGAAAAACCUCACAAGUGUGAAAUUUGUUCAAAGAUGUUUACUACAACAAGUCAGUUAAAAAUCCAUUCGGUAAUACACAGUUUAGAAAAACCUCACACAUGUGAAAUUUGUCUAAAGCAGUUUAUUACAACAAGUCAGUUAAAAAAACAUUUGAGAACGCACACUGGAGAAAAACCUCACAAAUGUGAAAUUUGUUUUAAGCAGUUUACUGAUGGAAGUAAUUUAAAAACACAUUUAAGAAUCCACAGUGGAGAAAAACCUCAUAAGUGUGACAUUUGUUUAAAGCAGUUUAUUACAACAAGUCAGUUGAAAAAACAUGUGAGAACACACACUUGA